AUGAAGCCGAAAGCUGCCCAGGUGCGGCAGCAGCAGUCGCUGAAUCGGCGCGUCAAGCUCGAGGAGAGUGCUGCGCGGGUGCAGCAGGACCUCCUUGCACGACAGACGGUCAUGCGCAACAUGGGCGGUGCACAGCAGAGGAACCCCAUGUACGGGUAUGCGGGUUACCCAGCACGCAACCGCGACCCCAACCGCGGUGUCAUUACGCAGGCCGAAUGGAGCGAGCUUGUGGAGCGGCAUGAAGACUCGGGCAAGUGUUUCCGCUACUUCUUUGGCGUUCUCAUUUUCGCUGCCAUCCUCCUCCUCACAAUCUCCAAGUACGACGAGGAGUACAACUUGGAGGUGCCGCAGCUGGAGUCUGGUAAGGGCUUUGGGGAGGUCCUAAACCCUGAACGCGCUGUGGACGCCAAGGAGCUGGAGAGCUACUACCACACACUCGGCGUCGAGGGUCGCCUUAACCUGACGCACAAGACGGCUUCACCUGCGACUGAUGCGUCUGAGGAGAACGGGCCGUUGAGGAAGGCUGCCGACGACCCCGACAAGGCGCGCCGUCGCGAGAACUACCAGGUGCGGCAGCAAAUCAAGCGGGCCUUUCAGGAUCACCAGGAGAAGUACGGCCAGCUAGUCCACUGCGGUCGCACGUGUGAGGCGCAGAACAAACAGGUGGAGCUUGCCUACCAAAAGCUGACGUCGCAGGUAGAUCGGGAGCUCUUCGGCGUGCUGCUGGACGCGAAGGACACCAAGUCUGUGCGGUCCACCACCCCUGCUCAACUCAAGAUGAAGUACGAGGAGAAGCGUCAGAAGAUCUUAGAGACGGAGGAGGACGAGGAGGACCGCAACAUGGCGCUUGAGGAGCUGAAGGACGCGUAUGAGAUCAUUGAGAACCCUGAUGCACGCAAGUACUACCUUCUCUAUGGCGCGAAGCCACCGGAGCAUAUGCGUCACGUUAGCGCCCGCCACGGUGGUUGGGGGCAGGAGAUGGCGCUGGGAACCUUCAAGUACCGCAUCAUCAUUAUGUGGUUGGAGUUCCUGCACCAGUACAUUGGUGUGUGGGGCGAGACCGCCGUUCUCGGAGGCGUCGUGCUUUUUAUGCUGUCGCGCCUACCUCAGGCGCUGAAGGACUCACAGCGGCUCCUGGACGAGCUGGACCUUCAGGACGAGCACGCCGAGGAGGAGAAGAGGGCGGCAGAGCAGGAAGUGCAGAGAGAGUAG